AUGUUAAAGACUGGAAGAGGACACAUUAGUAAAAAAAAAUAUAAAAAAAGAAAAGGAAAAUUUCAAGUAUCAGUUGAAAAUAUUUCUAGUUUCCCUCAAUAUAACUCAAUAUGUAAGACUGAAAAAAUUAAUGUACUAGUAAAUUACAAUAAUUGCAUUUCACAAGAAAUAACAAGCGAAUAUUGCUAUGGAACUUGUUAUUCUAUUUUUAUACCAAAAAUACUCCAAAGAAAAAUAAAAGAAUCCUUUCAAACAGUGUCCUCCUGUGUUCCUGUUAAAUAUGAAAUAAUAAAAAUACGUUUAGAGUGCCCAAAUCAGUCACCAGAUCAUGUAUAUCGAAAUAUUGUAAAAGUAAAUUCAUGUUCAUGUAAACAAUUUUUUCCAUGA